AUGGAGGGGAGCAGUGAUGAGAAGAUGCAGCAGCAGCAGCAGCAGCCUGCUCCGCACGUGGUGGAUGCGUCUGAGCCGCACACACAGCCGCCACCCCGCAAGAGUCGCCUCAACGACGAGCGGGUGGUGCUGCUGGGGUCUGUGAUAGGCGUGGCGUGCUGGUCGCUCGCGGGGAACGCGAGCCGCCUGGCGUUGCAGAGCGGCUUCCAGCACUUUUACUUCCUCGAAACAUACAGCACCUUCGCGCCCAACUGUGUCGGCUGCUUCGUGAUGGGCCUCGUGGCGGCGCUGGCGUCGACGCCGCCGCAGGACGCCACCUUCCCAUGGAUCUACCGCAGCAUCCUUGUCGGCUUCUGUGGCUCCCUCACGACGUUCUCCAGCUGGAUUCUCGACGUGGUGCAGAGCAACACCGCGUCGCUCUCCUUUGGUGAGUUAAUCUCUGGCCUGACGAUGCCGUUCAUCUUUCUUCUUUGGGGCCGUGACUCGGCGCGGUUUGUGUGGUUUCUGCUGACAUUUGCAACGAAGGGUAGCGGCGUGCAUGUCGCCAAUGUUGUCUUUCUCGCCAUCUCGGUUGUGGCAGCCGUGGUGAUUCCCAUAUCAUUGGAGGUGGCAGUGCAUCAAGGCCUGCUUGACCUCCCCUUCGCUGACCGGCGGGCGGUUGUCCUGGGGCCGCUGGGUGCUCUGCCGCGUUACGGGCUCUCGCUGCUGUUGAACGGGAUGAAUCGCGUACACAAGUUUCCGCUGGGCACGCUCACUGCAAAUGUUCUCGCGGUGCUGCUCACAGGGUUGCUCGAUUACUUCUACCGCAAGACAGGCAACGUGUGGUGCGUCAUCGUGGAGAAUGGUCUCUGUGGGGCCCUCUCCACGGUGUCGUCGUUUGUGCAGGAGAUCGUUGUGUUUUACUCGCAAGGACGCCGUAACAUGGCGUACAUAUACGCUUUUGCGUCUGUGGCAUCGUGCUGUGUUGUGAUGGCUUUGUGCCGUCGCCUCAAACCGUAA